AUGAAAAGGAAUGGUGUUUCAAAAGAUCACAAAGAGGGGAAUUCGGAUAGUUUACCAGAAGUUACAUUUCAAGAUGAGACUUGUUUCUCGCGGACAUGGCGAUACAUUUUGGUCAUUUUCCUGUCCUUGUUUAUAGGAUUGGGGGCAGGGUACUUUGUAGGUCGUGCAAUACACACCGAGAGAGAUGAUACAGUAUUCGAUAAUCACCCCAAACCAUUUCAUGGUCGGAGGGAUCCGCCAUCAGUAUUCUCCCCGCUUUCAGUGGAUGAAAUGAAAUCAGUUGUUAAGUAUUGUGUAGAGGCAAAUAUAACUAAAGUUUAUAAUUCUAAAUCAAAAUCAUUCAUACCAUUUUUGAAAAGGAACAAAAUUAUUAGCCUCUCUGUUAUGCUGCCAAGUAAGGAAGCGGUGCUAUCUUAUCUGGACGAAAAUGGACCUUACCCUGGAAGAUACGCCAGAGUUUACGUGGACAAAGCACAGGAAAUACCUCCAUAUUUUGAGGAGUAUCAGAUAGGACCAUUACAACAGCCAAAAAUGAUACAUAAAGUUUUACGUACAGUUACCAACCACGAUCGACGACCUCGAAGCUCUGAGGAAGCACUAAUAGUCCAGAAUGUGGCGACUAUGGAGCUUGCAAAAUUGAAUGAACUGUUUACGAAAUGUUUUGAUGGUGGCACGGUGAAUGCUGCACACCAUAAUGAUAAACGUUUACGAGUCUUUGUUUCCUCGGUGAGUUCUCAGAGAGGUCGAAGCUCGGUUGUGUUUCUUGGUAUUCCAGGAAGACUUUCCACUUCCGAUAUUCUCCCCGUAUCUGCCACCGUGUCUCAUGCAAGCCUCGACUGGGAGAAUUGGAAAGUUCACGACAUUUUCUUCUUCCGCCAGGGUCCUUUUGUGAGCACAGAUGAACUUUUGGAUGCAUAUAAGAACGGGAGUCUAACUUUAUUUACAUUGCCUAAAGGUUAUAGAGACCAAAUAAAAACUUCUCGAGAUUAUAAGAAGUAUAGUAACCAACCUCUGCGUGAAAAUGCGUCGAAAAGACCUACAAAGACUGUAGAACCACAAGGACCAAGAUAUAAAGUGACAGAUUAUCUUGUUGAGUGGAUGGGGUGGUCGUUAGAACUAUCGAUGAACAACUAUCACGGACCAGCAGUAUUUAACAUUCGUUACAAAGGAGAACUUAUCGUUUUCGAGAAUUCGUUAAACGACCUUACCCUUCUCUACUCGUCUUUGAACCCUGGAGCAGGUUCAACAUUGACAAUUUUGAGCGAUAUGAUAUUUCGAUUGGGUAAUUUUCCGAAUAUCAUUCAGGGUUUGGAUUGUCCUGAAUACGCGACUAUACUGAAUGUUACAACAUUUAGUGAAGGCAGACAAACGCCUUCCUUAAGAGAAGGCAUCUGUGUGUUCGAAGCAGAUGGACAACGCCCAUUAUGGCGGCACAAUGGGUAUGUUAACAGUGGUAUGAACGAUAAUUACCUCAAUAUCCGCAUCCCACUUGGGCUUGGGAACUAUGAUUACAUGAUUGAUUUCCAGUUUCAUCUUGACGGAAAGAUGUGGACGUACGCAACUGCCUAUGGGAGUUUGUAUACUGCUUUCUGGUUCAAAGAUGACGACACAGUUGGCUCUAAAAAGUCCCGGACCCAAUUUGGCAACAGAGUAGCAGAGCAUUCAUUGGGAAGUAUCCACGAUCACCUCUUUGCAUUUAAGGUCGAUAUUGACGUAGUUGGUCGUAAUAAUACAUUUGAAAAGAUUCACUGGAGAGGAGGGACGAUUUCUGAAGGCAUCAGAAGUCAAACAGACAGAAGAUCGUCGGAUAUACCAGGUGUUACCUCUAAAUACACAAGAUAUCUAGAGUAUGAGAGGUUAAGCAAAGAAAAAGGUUUAGUGAUUGAUUCAAAGCCAGUAAUCUGGUCUAUAAUUAACGAGAAUAAACAAAAUAAAUGGGAGAACUUUCGUGGCGUCAAAAUCGAACACACUCAAGAGUAUCAGGAAGUGCUACCUCCUGAUCACCCUGCGAUUGUUGCUCUUCCUCAUAUGAAAUAUAACUUGGCAGUAUCAAAACACCAUGACGAUGAACAGUUCAUUGAUUCUUUUCAGUACGACAAACAGCGACUUCAUGACCCACUUCAUAAUUUAGAAAGUUUUCUUAAUGAUGAAGACAUCAUCAAUUCUGACCUAGUCACGUGGAUCUCUGUACACUUUCUUCACCUCCCGAGUGCUGAAGAUUUUCCCAUGACAACUGGAGCGACACGUGGAUUUUUAAUCCAGCCAAUGAACUUUUUUGGCGAAACAGCUACCUUUGACAUGCCACAAUACGAUAUUUAUAGAAAUGGAACGAUUGUGAAUGAUCCGUAUUCAAUACACAAACACCAUUAUGUCUUGCCGGACGACAUCGAUCGUCCGGACUAUGCUUAAGUACAUAAAUAUACGAACGUGGCGUUUUCCCCGAAAACAAAUUGCUAAUGCACUAUUCAUAAAAAAAAGUCAGUUAUUGAAUGCAUUAGCAAAGCAAAUAUUUCCUUCUAUAUUUUAAGCCAUAAAAAUGGGAUGUUCUACCAUGACCUAAAUUUCUGAGGAUGGGCAGUCAUUCAGUAUUGUGCUAAACAUUUUAGACAUGUUCAUUUUCAAUCAAUCAAUU